CCUUCUUUCCGGCCUUCUCCCAGCGCGCAGGCGCAGAGAGUGAAUCAAGAUGGCGGCUCCCGUGGAUCUGGAGUUGAAGAAGGCCUUCACAGAGCUUCAAGCUAAAGUUAUUGACACUCAACAGAAGGUGAAGCUUGCAGACAUACAGAUUGAACAGCUCAAUAGGACAAAAAAGCAUGCACAUCUUACAGAUACAGAGAUUAUGACUUUGGUAGAUGAAACCAACAUGUAUGAAGGUGUAGGAAGAAUGUUUAUUCUUCAAUCCAAGGAGGCGAUUCAUAAUCAGCUGUUAGAGAAACAGAAAAUAGCAGAAGAAAAAAUUAAAGAAUUGGAACAGAAAAAAUCCUACCUGGAGCGGAGUGUGAAGGAAGCUGAGGACAAUAUCCGGGAGAUGCUGAUGGCACGGAGGGCACAGUAGGCAGCCUCUAGGGGAGGUGCUUCCUCCUGACCCCUGCCAUUCCUGGCGAGGGCAGAGGGGCUUGUACAGGGAAACUGUGUCUGCGCUGCCCGAUGGACGUUUUAUUAUCUGGAUGGUCUGGUAACCCUAGGUUUUCUGCACCAUUUGGAGCCCCUUUCAGAUCCCGUCACUGUAUUUUUAUCCUGGCUCUGUCUGCCACCCCUCUUCCCUGGGGGCGAGUCAGGAACUCCCAGGAGUGGGAAGAUGGGAGCCGGGACAGAUAGGGGAGCCCUGCCUGGGCCUGCAGCUAGUCACCUGGUCAGACCAAUAAAAGACAUCUGUCACACUCUA